UUUCUAGUUGUUUGGUGUGUUGUGAAUGCCAUAUGAGGUUUAUAGUUGUUUUGUUUUAUGGCUUUUGGUCCACUCACAUGCCUGAACAUUGAUAGGGCCCUACACCAAAUGUGAAAAGUGGCCUUCUGCUUGUAAUUUGUUCAUCAGUCCCUGACACACCACCAUGAAUGGAAUGAGCACCCAUUGGCCACACCACCUCCUCUUCUUGAGUAAAAUAAACACAAAAAAGAAGUAGAGGAGAAGAAGAAGAAGCAAGCAACCCAUUACCCAAGACCCCAAAUGACCCAAUGUCUCUCUGGCCUCUGCUUCCAUUUCCAUAAACAAAUAUAAUUAAAAAAAAUAGAGGAAAGCUCGGAUCUUUAACUGCGCCAUUGCAGUUGCACCACAACAGAUCUAAAAGCUCGCAUCUUUCUCUCACACAUGACGUAAAGACAAUUCGUUCACUUUGCUGAAGAAACAGAGGGAGAUGGUGCCUCUCGCAUUCGGGCGCUAGUCUAGGCACAGAGGAAUUUUGGGACGAUGAUGAACAGGAAUGCUAGGGAAUCUCUGGUCGGAGGGAGGAAUAUUCCGUUCGGGUCGCAGCACCGGCGAGGUCUGAGCUUGAAUUUGGCUAAAGAAUCCGACGAAGGCAGCUUGGAUCUCUUCUCGAAGAAUCGCCGGACGCUCUCUGUAACUUCCUCCGAUGAAUCUUCCGAUGUUUCGGUGAAAUUGGGGAGGCUUUCAAUUGGAUCGGCCAAAGUGGGAAGGACUGGCAUUGAUGAUCUGCUGUCAUCUGCGGAGGGUGGAAAGCACGAUUAUGACUGGCUUCUCACUCCUCCUGAAACUCCACUUUUUCCUUCAUCAGAUGGAAGUGAAUCUCAACCAACCUUAGCUGCUCCACGAAACAGUUUAAGCAGAUCAGGUUCUGCAUCUAAGCCUUCAAGGCUUUCAGUUUCACAAUCUGAGAGUAACCAUCCAUCAAGACCUGCUAGAAGCAGUUCAGUGACUCGCUCUUCAACUUCUGCAUCACUAUAUAACAACUAUUCCUCAAACAGAAACUCCAAUAUCCUUAACACGAGCUCAGCUUCAGUCUCAUCUUACACUAGACCAUCCUCCCCUAUUACCCGCUCUCCAUCUACAGCAAGGCCUUCCACUCCAACCUCUCGUCCAUCGCUGUCACGAUCCACAACUCCUUCUAGACCCCGUACAACUUCAACCAGCUCUUCCAUAGAGAAACCUCGAUCAGUGCAAAGCUCAAGGCCCUCAACUCCUAGUAGUACCAGGCCACAAAUUCCUGCAAACUUGAAUUCACAUGCUUCUCGACCAAACUCUCGUCCAUCUACUCCCACACGUCGGAGUUCAUUGCCUUCCUUGUCUCCAGCAUCAAGUCCCUCACCUUCAGCUGGUCGUGUUCUGUCUAAUGGGCGCAGUUCAGCACCCUCAUCCAGACCAAGCUCCCCUAGUCCACGUAUCCGCCCCCCACCACAGCCAGUUGUUCCACCUGAUUUUCCUCUUGACACACCGCCAAACCUUAGAACAACUUUACCAGACAGGCCAAUUUCUGCUGGAAGGUCCCGUCCUGGUGCUGUUGUCUCAAUGAAGGGGAAGCCAGAACCCCCCGCUGCCGUGGUUGUGCCAAGAAGACAGUCAUCACCCAUUGCCUCAAGGGGAAGACUGACAGAGCCCCCUGGAAGGGGCCGUGUACAUCCCACUGGACACCUUCCUGAUGUUCCUGAGCCUCGGAAGGCUACACUUAUCCCUGAUCUGGGCAUGAGGAAGCCUGUGAAGACUUCCACAACGACAGCUACAGAGAGCACUGGGUUUGGGAGGAACAUCUCGAAGAAAUCUCUCGAUAUGGCUAUCCGACAUAUGGAUAUAAGAAAUGGAACAGGGAAUGGUCGCCAACUUUCAGGCAGCACCCUCUUCCCUCAGAGCAUCCGAUCAUCAUCCACUCCCAAACCCCAGUCAGUUCGCGGCUUGAGUGUGCCAGCAUCUGCCCGCACGAACGGAAGCCUGCAAACGGGCAGUAAUGGAGUCAUUUCAGAGAAUGGAAACAUUAUGAACCGGCCUGUGGAUAAUGGAAGUGAAGCAGACAGUGGAAGAUACUCUGCAAAGCUGAGUGAAGCGGACGUCUACGAAAGCUCUCGGUACGAUGCGAUAUUGCUCAAAGAAGACUUGAAGAGCACAAACUGGCUGCACAGUUUGGAUGAUAAACUUGAUCAAGGACCCAUCUUUGAUAAUGGAUUUGAGCAUCUGCCUGAACCUUUCGGGCUCUUAUAACACCCGAGUAAGCGUGUGUAAUUUUUUUCUUUCUUCUUCUUUUAAGUUAUAUGGUUUCUUAAUAUGGAUGAAUCACUUAAAACAGAAGAAUGAAGAGCCAGUACUUGCCUGUGAAAUCAUUGCAUUUAUUCU